UUCUGCUCUCGCGAUAUCGACAAACGAGACAGUGGACCUUAACAGGAACUGUGAUAUGGCACCGGUUUUCGGCGGAGUUGAAGGUGGAGGGACGCACUCCAAAGCGGUGUUGGUAGGCGCAGAUGGAAAGAUACUGGCAGAGACAGAUGGACCCUCUACAAACCACUGGCUGGUUGGGGUGGACAAAUGUAUUGAGACCAUCAAUGACAUGGUCCAAAGAGCCAAGACAGAGGCUGGACUGGACCCAAACACACCACUCUGCUCUCUGGGCAUGUCUCUCAGUGGAGGGGAGCAAAAGGAUGCAAUCGACAACCUGAUCACUCACAUGAAGGAGCUGUUCCCUAAUCUCAGCCAGCACUACUUUAUUACCACAGAUGCCAUUGGUGCCAUGGCAACGGCCAGCAAUUGUGGAGGUGUAGUGUUGAUAUCAGGGACCGGCUCUAACUGCAAGUUAGUCAAUCCUGAUGGCUCAGAAGUUGGCUGUGGAGGCUGGGGCCACAUGAUGGGUGAUGAAGGAUCAGCUUACUGGAUCGCCCAUAUGGGGAUAAAGAUGGUGUUUGAUGCCAAAGACAAGUUGGUUUCCCCACCUCAUGAUGUGACAUACAUCAGAAAAGCCAUGGAAGAAUACUUCAAGGUGUCAAGUCUGAUGGGCAUGCUGCCACACCUCUACAGAAACUUCCAGAAGUCUCACUUUGCAGGGUUCUGUAAGAAACUGGCUGAAGGUGCAGAAGCAGGGGAUGCUCUCUGUCAGUAUGUGUUCAAAGAGGCUGGUAGAGUCCUGGCAAAACAUGUAGAGGCAGUCUUACCUGAAGCACAAGAGCCUCUUUUGAGCGGUACCAUCGGCCUGCCAAUCCUUUGUGUGGGCUCAGUUUGGAGGAGUUGGGAUCUUCUAAAGCCAGGUUUUAUUGAGGUUUUGGAUAAAGUGGCAUCUUCUGACAAAUUCAAGGGCCGUUUCCAUGGAUACAGCCUCCUAAUUUUGCAGCAGUCUUCAGCACUCGGCGGUGCAAGUCUGGGAGCUCAGAGUAUCGGGGCGUCCAUAACUAUGGAUUAUAAGGCCAAUGCUAAAAUCUUUUACCAACACAGUUUUAACAGCAGCCAAUGAGGCGUCUUCUGUGAAUCCUUAAGAUCCUAAACAAUCAAUGAAAGGGAAAUGUACUGGACUGGACUGUUGGUUAUCGUUAUAAUUCCGGUCAUAAUGCUUUCUUUAUUGAUGCUCAUAGUAAGGAUUGUAAUGAUAUGACCGUGAGAUUCCAGGAUUACUGUAAUAGUUUUCCUUUUUUUUUCAGGUUCACAGCAACAAUUAUGAAAACUGAUUAACCUUUCUUUGUACUGUACAACAAAUCAUUGCACUUUCAGGACUUUUUUUACAUUUUGUAUUUGUAAUAAAGAUGAUUUUGACAGCUAA